UGCGAAUGCGAUGUCGUCUCGGCAAACCACUGGCGCUAAGAGUUUGCAAAAAAUCCUCAUCUUCCUCAAGAUUUUCCUAAAUCUCACUGUAUUAUCUGAAGAAUUUUUCCUAUACCAGCAUGGAUCAGCUCAAUCCUAACUCGCUGUUUCUUCCCGCGCCCGAUGCGUGCGUCCCGCCGACGCGCACCAAUCCCGAUUGUAGAAUGGAACCAGAAGCAAAGGACACUGUAAGUGCUCGGAGAGUUCAAAAGGCUGAUCGCGAGAAGUUGAGGAGGGAUCGUCUCAAUGAACAAUUCACGGAGCUGGGGAAUGCCCUUGAUCCCGAUAGGCCUAAAAAUGACAAAGCCUCUAUUCUUUCGGAUACAAUUCAAAUGCUUAAGGAAUUGACUUCUCAGGUUGAGAAACUAAAAUCUGAAUAUGCUGCACUGACUGAUGAGUCACGCGAGCAGCUGACCCAGGAGAAGAAUGAUCUCAGAGAAGAAAAGGCAUCUCUUAAAUCCGACAUCGAGAACCUUAAUGGUCAGUACCUUCAGAGAAUGAGGGCCAUGUAUCCAUGGGGUGGAAUGGAUCAUUCUGUUGUCAUGCAUCCAUCAUCUUAUCCCUUUCCAAUGCCCGUUCCCGUACCAACUGGACCUAUUCCCCUGCAUCCGUCCAUGCAGCCUUAUCCUUUCUAUGGGAACCAAAACCCUGCAGUUGUUCCUAAUCCUUGUUCUACGUAUGUUCCUUAUAUGACCCAUAAUCCAAUGAUCGAACAACAAUCAACGCAACAUGCCUCUCAAGUCAUGCAGCAAAGUGCCAGGCCUCAUGCUUCAAGCAAACCGGACCUUAGAAAUAAAUCAUCCGACGUGGAGAGUAGAAUCGAGAAAAGUGAUGACUCAAAUGACAUCACAACAGAUCUCGAGCUCAAAACACCCGGAUCAACAUCCGAACAGGAUUCACCCUCAAAGCAAAGAAGAGCAAAGAAGGUUGCGAGGAAGGAAACAAGCAUCACAGACGGAACUUCUUCUAGUGGAUGUUCGUCAUCUCACAGCGUGCACGCUAUCUCUUCUAACAGCAUUGUUGGCGGCAAAAGAACAGAUGACUGAUUAAAGGAAGGUGAAGUGCACUUAUCAAUACAGUGAUUCAUGUUCAUACUAAUUUUUGGUGUCGUUCUCUGUGACCAUUUCAUGGCCGGGCACUAUCUACAAGCAGUCGAGCACCAUGUUUAUGUCAGAAUUAACCAUUUCUUACUGGGUUAGCCUAAGCUAGCCACUCCCCAAGCCAAACCAUUGUGGUUAGUCCCAUCACUUUGUUAUGAUCAAGAUGUAAAAGUUCACAGUACAUGGUUUAGUUACAUUGUAUGUAUGUAUGCAUGCUAUUAUGAUUAACCUACUAUGUAGUAAUCAAAUUUAGCAGAAUUAUGGAUGA